AUGUCUCAGCAAAUUUCAAGAUCCCAAGCAUUUCUUCUGCUUCUUAUAAUAAAGAAACAUAUCUUAUCGAUACUACUGCUACUUGUUUUCGUGAGUGCAACGUCAACCUGCUCAAAAAAUGACGAGUCUUCUCAUGGUGGAGGUCCAGUCGUUCAUCGGAAUCGAAGAGUCGGCCUGAACGAAUACUUGGUUCCACCUCCACCAAGACCGAAGCAUCCGGUGAGAUCCGGACGAGUAGUGAACCCUUCAACGGAGCCAGGAUAUUUCUCGCAGUUUAUGAGCUGGCUGAAUCCUUUCAAUUAUGGAUCCACGUCGCAAAGUCCACCUUUAAGUCCUCACCCAGGUCCACCACCCCAGAAAUCAGUCUUCGGAGCUCCCAAUUCCCAUGGUCCUCCCCUCAAUCUUCCUCCUGGUCCACCUUUAAGUCCUCACUCAGGUCCACCACCCCAGAAAUCAAUCUUCGGAACUCCCAGUUCUCAUGGUCCUCCCCCUAGUUUCCCUCCUGGUCCUCCUCUUAUCCUUCCUCCUGUUCCGUCAUUUAAUCUAGCUCCGGGUCCAACUGUUUACAAUGCUCCACCGAUUCAUGAUCAUAGGAAUGUUUUCCCGCCUCAGAAGAGUCGCGGCUUGUAUACGAACAAGGCUAGACCUUGCAACCCUUGCAACAAGGCUCCUUGGAUUCCUAUGCAAAAUAGCGGGUCUCAUCCGGAUUUCUCGAACAGUUACCUUCCUCCAACUGGUCACGAUAUUCAGCACGCUGCUUCGCAUGAAAUUAGGGUUACGAAUUUAUCGCAAGGUUCUACUGAUCAGCUAAAUCAUCCUUUGGACGAUCCAGCCUUCCAUUCUGGUGCGGUAUCUCCUAUUUAUAAACCAGAAAUUUUUGACACAAAGUCCCAAAGUUCGAACAUUGAACAGUUUGAUGGUCCAACACCGCAUGAUCCUUUGAACGCAAAUAAGGAACAUUUUGGAGAUUCACAUUUCCAUAAUCCUUUAAAUGUAAAUAAUGAUCCAAGUAAUAAUCAAAGUCCUGUGAAUAAUGGAUACUUCGACGAUCCACUGUCACAAGGUUCUUUGAAUGUAAAUAGUCAAUCUUUAAUCGAUGGACAUUUUGAAAAUCUACCGUCGCAAGGUACAAAUAAUAAUAAUGGACAUUUCGAAGAGGAAAGGCCAUUCCAAAAUCCUCCUUCAAUAAAUAAUGGCAAUGAACAUUCCGAGUCUCCAUCUUUACCCAUCACGUCUUCUGAUCAGAAAUCAAUUUCAAACCUUCAGAUCGAUGGUGAUCAGAAGCAAAUUGGUACGGAAAUUAAUCAAGGAGCCAUAAGUCAAAAUCAUGAAUUCGUAAAUCACAAAGAUUCGUAUCCAAAUCCAGAAUACAAUGAGAAUAACGAUCCUUCCAUCGUACAACAUGGAAAUAAUCAAUAUUUUACCAGUUUUGGAUCACCUAAUCACGAUUCUGAUAAUCAAAACAGUGUUAAAUCAAGUACCACCGAUUUUAGUUAUUUAUCGCCAAAUCCAGCGAGUUUCGGAAUAUCUAUUUAUCACAAUCAGGAUAAUGAAAAAUUGAAUCACAAAUAUUCGGACGAUCAAUCUCCCAGUGGAAGUAUAGUUAAGAAUUCUCAUGUGACUACUGAAAUUCCUAAAACGAACGAUGAUUCAAUAUAUUUUGAACAAUCUCCAUUAUUCGACCUUACGAAAAAUGGUGAGAACACAAAUGAGAAUGAGAAAUGGUCAACUACAACCAAUAUAAAUGAAGCGACCGAUGAGACUAUAAGAACUACUACAGAUUAUAACAUCGCAAAUGAUAACAUAUUCUAUGAAGACUCCAAUUUCCUUAGAACAACUGAGUCUUACACACAGUCUGACAUUCGAGACAUUAAUAACGUUUUUGGUACCACCACUUCCACUACUACGCAGGACAACAAUGAGACCGAGGAUUCGACAGAAAAAGUUUUAAAUAAGUAUGCAAAUCAACAUGACGUUCCAUAUAUUCCACCUUCGGGACAACCAGGAUUUUUGUGGACAAGUUUCUUGUCGCAUUUACGAAAUUACACGGAAUUAGAAACUUCAGGGAGGAAGAAUAAUUCGAAGGAUUUGAAGGAUGUAACACAAAAGCAGCAGAACGUGAAACGAAACAAGCAGGUCCAAGUUAUUAUCCCGUACACGUCGGACUACACGCCUAUCCCGUUCCAACAAUCUUACAACGAUUGGAGUGUAAAAACCAAUUUAGAACGAAAUCAGCUAAGAAGACUUCCUCCUUCCUUGCACACUGACAACUAUUUACAACAAGAAUCUAGAAACGAUGUUAGAGUAGUUAAUCAAUCGCGAUUUAAUGAGAACGAUAAUAACAAAUCAUUUAAAUCUGAGGAUUCAAGAAGUUCUGCAACAGCAACAACGACAACUACAAAAGCGAACAAUUCUAUUGACGUGCGUAGGUUGCAAAAAAACAUCGAUAAUUGGACAAUACAGGAAUACUCGAGACCCACGACGUUUAGCACAGUUUCACCGAGUUCAAUGCAUCCUUAUCUGUCGCCGUCGAAAAAAAUCCCGACGGAGUAUUUAACGACCACGGAACCGGUCGAUCGCGAUCCGAGCGAACCGCCUAGAUCGCGGGAUCAGAGUGUGAAAACUUAUUCGUUGCUGGCCGGGUUUAGCUUCAACGAAGUGGAGCACGAGGCCUCGGCGAGCGAUCGAGUCGAGCAAACGCGACGGCCGUCAAAAAUCGAGCGAGUGGAGAAUCCUAAAGCCAGCUUGGAGAAUUUAAAUAAGUCGAAAACGGAGUUAAAACAGAAUUGGCAAACGGUAUUGCCUGUGUCAUAUAUAAAUGAAGAACGAGUAUAUGUAGUGACACCGCAAACAGUUCUGGAGGCAAGAAACGAUUCGAAGAAUCAAAGAGAGGAAAAUAAGAUAAAGAAAUUACAAAACGAAACGAGUGUCAGUGGUAACGAUAACGACAGAUACAAUCUAACUGGAUUUGAGGCGAUUGAGAAGGCUUAUCAAGUACUUCCGCAAGCAGUGAAUAGUCUCGCGGUUGCAUCCACGGGCAAAGAAAAUGUUCCUCUGUGGGGAAUUAUGGAGCACGAAGAGUUCGCCUCGUUGAAUUCGAAUAAGAAUGAUGAAGAAGGGGUUGAAGGGGUUGAAGAUGUCGUGGAUGGUCCUGUAUUAUAUUCUGGCCAUUCGAAGGUAUCGAGAGCUAAACGAUGACAUGCAGAGGCCGACUAACGUAAUCAUUCAGAAUUGUGAAUAAUUGAUUUUCA